CGCUUUCUUUCUUGACCCGGGUGAGCUGACACACAGUGCGUCAUUAACCCCAAGGCCGAUCACCAACCCGGGGUUUAGGAUUAGAUGGGCACAAGCUGUCGACAGGCUGGCAUACUGCAGAUACAACUAAAAAUGGAAGCAAGAUCUCGUGUUAAUCCCACCCAUUUAGGGCAGAGGGUACAUCGAUUGCAUCGUCCAAUUUAUCUCCUCACCUUAAUUCCAUCGUUAACAAUUUUUAUAAUCCUCUGAAAACAAGACCCUCUUACUUGAACUCGAUAAACCUCGUUAUCCUCUUAAAUUUUCAUAUGCGCGGCUCUUAAUUCGGAAUGUGGGUAUUAUUCUUUCAUCAGGUAAGUAACUUGGGCCUUCAAUUCUGCAUUCAAAAAUUUCAAAUAGAAGAAGAAACAUAGAGCAUGCUGCAGAAAAACACUAGCAAUAUUAAUGAUCCGGACCAGCUCCCUCCUCCAUGUACUGGGAGUCACAACAAUAAUACUGGUUUUCAUUUUAUGCCUUGGAGGGCUGCUAUGUAUCCUCUAUGUCUUGCAUUUCAGGUUCAAGACUCACAAACAUCACUUAUUUGCCCUUAGGGAGUUCAAUUCUUUCUGGGUCAUUAGGAUCAUGCUUGUCAUUUUUGCAGUCCUGUGGAGUCUUUUGGAGCUCUUGAGGUUGCCAUUGUUGAGACACAAGGGAUGGCCCUUAUCUUCAAUGGGUGUACAUUGGCAGACAAAUUUGUGCAAAACCCAUAUGUUGUUAUCACAGGGGGUUAUAGAACCUUGCUUUUAUUUGACGGCACUUUCUUUGGUUCACGGGCCCUUGCAGAAUGACCCCUUUGGCCCUAGGAAAAAGGGCAACGGCAGAACUGUUUUCAACAUUUUGGUUUGUUGUCUUCCAGUGUUUAUUCUGCAGUUGUUCAUUUUGGUAAUUGGUCCUGGCAUAACCUUUAGAGGGGGGAAGAGCAUGGUCAAAGUAUUGCCGAGGUCUUUCACCAGGACCUAUGAGGUGGUGCACCAUUCGGAAGGAAAACACGACAUGGCCCUGUGCACUUAUCCUCUCUUGAGUACCAUUGUUUUGGGAAGUUUUGGGUUCUUGUAUAUUUCAUAUUUUCUGUACGUGUGUUGGAGGAUGUUGCUGCUGGUUAUCAACAAGAGGCUGCAGUGCAGAGUCUAUGGUUUGGUUUCUACGGUGGUGCUAUUCCUGCCCAUCCAGGUAAUGCUCUUGGGCUUAUCUAUUUUGAGAAAACCUACGGAGGGCGUUUUUGAAUUGUUUUCCUUCUUGGGUUUUCUUACAACUGUAAUGGCAACCACCUUGGGGGAAGGGAUUCUCGUGAUUAGGCCUAUUGCUGAUGCACUAGCAGUCAGGUGGGUAUUUAAUUCUAACACCCAAUUUGACAAAACUAGGGAUGGACCGGGAUUUAGUUCUGUAUCCAUUGAGGUAUUUUCAGGACCUGGAAUGAGAAGGGAUGGUGAGGAGCGAUUAUUGGGGAAAUAAGACAGGUUUGAGACUAGAGGUACUUGUAAAUGGGCACCUUGUGAUGGUCUAGUCACACAAAACCUACUAAACCUACAUUCUUCUUUUGCGAGGUGAGGACAUUUUGAGUGCAAUUUUGUGAUUUCUCAGUUGGAGUUGCUUUUAUUUUUGCCAGAGCUCCAUGUUAUCUGUACAGUGAUAUUGUGGAGGCCGGCAAGAGUUGUAGAUGCUGUAUGAAUUGUUUUUGUUAAACAGCAUAAUUGACAGUGAUUGAAUGAUACAGAAUUCUAUUGGACUCUUGUAUAAUUGUAAAAAGUUUCAGGGCAAUCAUCUAGUGGCUAAAUUGUAAUAUUUUGAUGAUUUUUAUACAUAUAUAACAGGCACACAUUAAAAGAUCCAUAUACUGAGGAUUUUGCAUUA